CCGUUGCCCAACACUGUCGGCACACUAUUUUGCACGCGGCGUUUAUUUACUAAUUACAGAUAACUUGUUUCUUAUUUUUUAUUGCUUAAAACAUUAAAAACAGAAAUCAUUCAACAUGAUUAUACCGAUUCGUUGUUUCACAUGCGGCAAAGUAAUUGGCAACAAAUGGGAAUCUUACUUGGGACUUCUGCAAGCCGACUACACAGAAGGUGAUGCCCUAGACGCUUUGGGUCUAAAGCGCUACUGUUGCCGCCGGAUGUUACUUGGCCAUGUGGAUCUGAUUGAAAAAUUGUUGAAUUAUGCGCCACUAGAGAAGUAAACUUAAGGUAUAACUAAAUAAGAGGUACGAUUGGGAAGGACCCGAGAUGGACUUGCAAACACUAGAUUUUUAUUGUAUAAUUACAAAUUAAAGCUUCAACAACUACGAA